AUGGUGGAAUUACAAUCCGAAAGGAGAGUAAAGAAGCUAAUAACUGAUAAUGGUCUUGAGUUUUGCAAUUUCAGGUUUGACAGUUUCUGUAAACAGGAGGGAAUUGUCAGACACAAGACGUGCACCUACACACCUCAACAAAACGGAGUGGCUGAGAGACUCAACCGUUCGAUCAUGAACAAAGUCCGGAUCAUUGAGUUCGAGAUAACAGAAGAAAGAUGGACUUCAGCAGCCCCAAAUCUAUCUAACCUAAGGGUGUUCGGGUGCGUUGCAUAUGUUCACUCGGAUGAAGGAAAGCUAAACCCCAGAGCCAAGAAAGGGAUCUUCACGGGUUAUCCAGAAGGAGUGAAGGGUUUUAGAGUUUGGCUACUAGACGAGAAGAAGGUCACGAUCAGUCGAAAUGUCGUCUUCAGGGAAGACGUUAUGUACAAGGACAUCAAGGACUCUAGCUCCACCUCAGGUAUGCAGUUUAUUCCUGUGUUAUCUGAUGAGCUUGCGAGUGAUCUUGCAGGUAACAACAGGGAAUCAGGGACUACAGUUCAAGGUGGAGCACCCCAAGAUCAGAACGAACGAGAGCCAGAUACAGAACAGGUGACAGAGAGUGAGGAAGCUACAGGGAACAGUGAUCAGAAUCUGAGCAAUUAUCAACUAGCCAAAGAUCGCACAAGGAGAGACACCAAGAAACCAGCAAGACUUCAAGAUUACCAAGUAGAUGAUGAGGAAGACGAAGAUAUUGCUGGGUAUGCUUAUGUUGUGAUCGAAGAUGGUGGCAGACCAGAACCAGGAAACUUCCAAGAGGCUCUAAGGGAUCGAGACAGUGACAAGUGGAUGAAUGCAGCAGACGACGAGAUGGAUUCUCUUAGGAAGAAUGAGACAUGGAAGCUUGUUGAUAGAGUCAAGACGCAGAGAGCCAUUGGAUGCAGAUGGAUCUUCACAAGGAAGGCAGGGAUUGUUGGAGUGGAGAAUCCGAGAUUCAAAGCGAGGCUGGUGGCAAAGGGUUAUUCACAAAAGGAGGGUAUUGACUACCAAGAGAUUUUUUCACCGGUGGUCAAACACGUCUCCAUCAGGUUCCUUUUGUCAGCAGUUGUUCAUUUCAACAUGGAACUACAACAAAUGGAUGUGAAGACGGCGUUUCUACACGGGUUUCUUGACGAGACAAUCUACAUGGAGCAGCCAGAGGGUUAUGUGGAUGAGAGAUAUCCAGAGAAGGUGUGUCUAUUGCAGAGAUCACUUUACGGUUUGAAGCAAUCGCCGCGUCAAUGGAAUACGAGGUUUGACAACUUUAUGCAGUCACACGGAUACAUCAGAAGCGAGUAUGACAGCUGCAUUUACUUCAAGGAGCUAAAGAAGAAUGAGUAUGUGUAUCUAUUACUCUACGUGGAUGACAUACUCAUUGCUUCGGUGGAUAAGACGUAUGUCAAGGAAUUGAAAGAGCUUCUGAGUUCUGAGUUUGAGAUGAAAGAUUUGGGAGAAGCGAAGAAGAUUCUGGGUAUGGAAAUCACACGAGACAGAGUCAAGGGAACAUUAACUAUCUCCCAGGAAGGUUACGUCUCAAAGGUGUUAGGCAAUUUUGGGAUGGAUCAGUCUAAGCCCGUAUCUACACCAAUGGGAGCUCAUCUCAGGUUUCAGGCGGCUACAGAAGAAGAGUUUCAGGAUCAGUUCAGAGAGAUGGAGAAGGUUCCUUACCAGAGUGCAGUGGGAAGUUUAAUGUACUCAAUGAUCGGUACGAGACCCGACUUGGCCUACGCUGUGGGGUUAGUAUGCAGAUUCAUGAGUAAGCCCAUCAAGGAGCAUUGGUUAGGAGUCAAGUGGAUUCUGAGACUACGCAACAGAUCUAGACAAGAGGAGAUCGAUUUCAAGUUUAGUGUUCACGCUUGGUGGAAAUACGAUCAGCUGGAAAUCAAAUCUACAGAAGACAGUAGCGUUAUGAACAACCGAGUCAGAGACACAGUUGAUAUCUACAGUGAUUCACAGAGUGCAAUAGCAUUGGCGAAGAAUGCAGUUCAUCACGAGAGGACCAAGCACGUUGACAUCAAGUUCCAUUUUCUCAGAGAUUUGAUCAACGAAGGGAAGAUUCGAGUGUUGAAGAUUGCGACAGAGUACAAUCCAGCAGACAUUUUCACUAAGGUGAUUCCAGUGGGAAAGUUCCAAGAAGCUUUGGAGCUGCUGAGAAUCAGGGAUGAAUGA